UCAGAGCUUUCAUGGGGCGUAGAAGCUCCUCCUGGGAAAGAGCUGUCUCUGGCUCUGAAGUGAGAUGAAGUGCCCUUUAUCCACAGUCCCACAGUUCCCCGAGCCAUCUGGCCGCGACCCUGCACACUGUGAGGUCGCUGCCUUAUUUCUUGUCUGUCUUCCCCCAUCCUAAGGCUCCCAGAGAGCCAAACUAUGUUCUUCCUGCAUCCCCGGCAGAGCACACUGGACCAGGGCCUGCGAUGCCGAAGGCAGGUCCCCACACAAGGAAGGCGUCUGGGUAAGAUACAGGUGCAGCUGGCUGGAAUUAGGGACACCAAGAUUCCCCCAGGCCUCCUAAGCGCUAGGGGGCGCUGGAGACGCUCCGCCUGGGCCUCCCGGGACCGCCGUCGCUAGCCCCACGGCGCGAUGGGCUCCGAGGCGGCCCAGCUGCUGGAGGCAGCAGACUUCGCGGCUCGCAAGCACCGACUGCAGCGACGAAAGGAUCCCGAAGGGACUCCCUACAUCAACCACCCCAUCGGUGUGGCUCGGAUCCUGACCCAUGAGGCGGGAAUCACUGACACGGUGGUGCUGCAGGUGCGGCGCCUGGUGGAGGAAGUGACAGAUGAUAAGACACUGCCCAAGCUGGAGAGAAAGCGGCUGCAGGUGGAGCGGGCGCCCCACAGCAGCCCCGGGGCCAAGCUGGUGAAGCUGGCAGACAAGCUGUAUAAUCUGAGGGACCUGAAUCGCUGCGCCCCAGAGGGAUGGUCAGAACAGCGGGUCCAGGAGUACUUCGAGUGGGCAGCACAGGUGGUCAAGGGGCUUCAGGGAACAAACCAGCAGCUGGAAGAGGCUCUGAAGCAGCUAUUCAGGGAGCGGGGGCUGACACUCUGAGCAGUGCUUGCCACCCCCAGAGUGGCACAGAUGCCAACCGGGCCCAGGCCAGGCGGAGCUCAUUCUCCAACCUUGUGGUGCCUCCUCCUGACCUCCUUCUGUCCUUCACUCAGGCCAAAGACACUUCCAUUUCCUCACACGGAAGGUCUCCCACCAACUAAACUGAGCCCCAGCUGUGGGAAUCGGAUGUGCCCCAUUCAUUUCCGGUGUACUCACUGCCUCUCCCCAAGUCGUGGGUCUGUUUGCUGGUUUUGCAUGGUGGGGUCUCUGGCUCCUCAAAGACUUGGGCUUGUAUAACAUAGUUUAUGAAUCAUUGUGGAAAAUAAAGCAUUUGGGGUAAAAGCUGAGGUUGUCACUGCUCUUCAUCCAGCGUGAAUGGGGGGCUGGUAGGCUG